AUGUCUCAUUUAGGACGUCCAAAUGGAAAGCCAAAUCCGAAGUAUUCACUUAAACCAGUUGCUGCCGAGCUUUCUAAGCUGUUGGGUAGUGGCAGAGAAGUCUCGUUCUUGAGUGAUUGUGUUGGUCCCCCUAUCAGUGAAGCAUGUCAUAAGGCCGAAAAUGGACAAGUGAUUUUGCUUGAAAAUCUUCGAUUCCAUAUAGAAGAAGAAGGUUCUAUUAAAGAUGAUGAAGGAAAGAAAAUCAAAGCAUCUUCUGAGGAUAUAGAAAAGUUCCAAGCAUCUCUAACAGAACUUGGAGAUGUAUAUAUUAAUGAUGCAUUUGGUACAGCACAUCGUGCUCAUAGUUCAAUGGUUGGUGUGAAAUUACCAACUAAGGCUGCAGGAAUUUUGUUAACGAAAGAAUUGGAUUUCUUUGGAAAAGCAUUAGAAGAUCCAGAUCGCCCAUUUUUAGCAAUUCUUGGCGGUGCUAAAAUUUCGGAUAAAAUUCAAUUAAUCAAUAAUCUUCUUGAAAAGGUUAAUGCUAUGAUUAUCGGCGGUGGUAUGGUUUUCACCUUCAAAAAGGUUAUCGAAAAGAUUGAGAUUGGCAACUCGCUCUACGACGAAGAAGGUGCUAAAAUCGUGGAACAAUUAGUUGAAAAGGCAAAAUCUCUGAAUGUCAAAUUGAUAUUUCCUGUGGAUUAUAUUAUUGCUGAUAAAUUUGAUGCGAACGCCAAUACUGAUUGUGCUACAGAUGAGACUGGUAUUCGACAAGGAUGGCUAGGUCUAGAUUCUGGUGAAAAAACUAAUGAAAUUUUUAAGAACGCCAUUUACGAAGCAAAGACCAUUCUAUGGAAUGGUCCUCCAGGAGUUUUUGAAUUUGAAAAAUUCUCAAAAGGAACAAAAGUAGUAUUAGAUGCAGUUAUUGAGGCUACAAAAAGAGGUGCCAAGACUAUUGUUGGUGGAGGUGACACUGCAACGGCCGUUGCUAAGUGGGGCGCUGAAGAUAAAGUUUCACAUGUUAGUACUGGUGGUGGUGCUAGUUUGGAGUUGCUUGAAGGUAAAGUGUUACCUGGUGUUAAUGCUCUUACUGAUAAACCUAAGUCUGAG